AUGUCAUAAGAGUCAUAAACGAGUUUGUUGGGAAACUUAAGAAAAGUGAUUACUUUAGUUGAUCAAUUACGUGAUAUAGGACUUAAUGAUUACAUAAAAUUACCUCGAAUCGUUGUCCUUGGUAUCCAAUCUGCAGGUAAGUCUUCAUUGUUGGAACAUAUUGUUGGAAUUGAUUUCUUACCAAGAGGAUCUGGUGUUGUCACAAGAAGACCGUUGGAAUUGCGUCUGUCUUAUUCACCUUAAAGUGUGUGUGCUUAACCAACAGCUGAAUUCGUAGAGGAAAUCAAAGGCAAGAAAUAUACCAAUUUUGAAGAAGUCAGAAAGAGCAUCGAAGAAUUAACUGACAAGGUGUGUGGAUCAAGCAAAAACAUCAUUGACAAACCAAUCAUUUUGGCAGUGACUGGACCUAAUUGUCCAGAUCUAACCCUUGUUGACUUACCUGGAAUUACAAGAAUACCAAUUAUGGAUUAACCUAAAGAUAUUGAAUAAAUCACAACCAACAUGGCUAAGAGAUAUUGCGAAGAUCCAUCAGCUAUCAUUUUAUGUGUUGUUGCAGCUAAUGCUGAUAUGACAACAUCAGAUGCACUAUUAUUGGCUAAGAAGUUGGAUCCAGAUGGCAUCAGAACUGUAGGAGUCUUAACAAAAAUAGAUAUUAUGGAUUAAGGAACUAAUGCAAUUAAAAUGUUGAAAGGAGAGGAAGUACCCCUCAAAUAUGGUUAUGUGGGAGUGAAGUUGAGAUCCCAAUAAGAAAUUAAGGAUAGUGUUCCCAUUGUGUAAGCUGUUCAGAGAGAAAAGAACUUCUUUGCCAAUCAUCCUGUUUAUUCUUCCAUUCCUGGAGAUAUAUUUGGUACUCAAGUGUUGACAGGCAAAUUAACUAGAAUUCUAUAUAGAAGAAUCCGAAGUUUCUUGCCUACUUUAAUGUAGGAAAUUAAUUAAAGGAUUUCUAAAGUGCAGAAUAGACUUGACAUUUUGGGACCUGGAUUGCCUAUUGAAGAUUCUGAUAAAUUACAUUUUAUUUGGCAACUCAUCCAUGAGUUUUCAGUUCGUUUUAGAAAUUCUAUCUCAGGACAAUAUGAAAAGCAAAAGGCUAAUAUCAAGAGUUUACAAGUGCCAGCUGGGUCAUCAAUUAAAUUGCUUUUCAAGGAUUUAUAUGAUGACUACAGUCAAUUAGACCAUUGUGCUUUAAAGAAAUUUAAGGAUGAGGACAUUCUCUAAGUCAUUUAAAAAUAUUAGGCAUAAUCUAUUCCUGGGUUUUUACCUGUGGAUGCAUUCUAUGCCCUUUUGAAUCCAGAAUUAAAGAAAUUAUAUGCUCCGGCUUAUGAAACUCUUGAACAAGCAUUUUAGAUCCUAGAAUAAUAUGCAACCACUAUUUUAGAAAGUCAAUUACAAUAAUUGCCUUCUGUUUACAAAAUGCUAUAAGAUUAAAUUAUGGAAGUGAUUCAUGAAUGUAAAAAGAAUGCCUAUGAUUCUAUUACUGAUGUUCUUGAUGCAGAAUAAAAUUACAUAUUCACGAAUGAUUUCAAUUAUUUAAGUGGCAAGCCUUUCAUCAAAUUUGGCAAGGAAUCAAAGGCUGAUUAACAAAAAGGAAAUCCUAUGGUUUUAGAAUUAAGAAACAAAAUAGAACAUUAUUUCAAAUUGGUAGUCAGAGCUACUAGAGACAACAUUCCAAAACUUAUUGGAUACUUUUUAGUUAAAGGAUGCUAAAAUCAAAUGUUGAGAUAAUUGUAAUCAAACUUAAUGCAAAACUAAACCAUUCUGUCUGUUAUAAGUGAAGAUUAGAACGUAGUCGAAGAGAGAAAGAAAUUAAAUAGGGAAAUAGAGACAUUCAAAAAUGCACAAAAGAUAAUUAAAAGAGAUCCUGAUCUAUCAGAAUAUAUUUUAUCAGCAACAGAAGAAUAGGAAGAUUAAUAAUAUAUAUAAAAAUAAAAAUAAUAAACUAGUUCUUCAUCUAAUUAAUAGAAUAAAUAAUAAUCAUUAUAAGCACCUUAAUAAUAAUAAUAAGCAACAACAACAACAAAAUUAUAAACUUAAUAAUAAUAAGUAACUACAAAUAAUAAUUAAUAAAAUAAAACUUAGACAACUAAUACUUAAAUAUCCAAUCAAAGAACAGAUGUGAUAAGAGAUUAAGAAUAACCUCCUUAAAGACCUAAUGAUCCUAUUGUAAAUAGAACCACUACUCAGUAGCCAGAUUCAAGCAGACAACAACCAUCCCCUACAUAACCAUAAUAAAAAGGAACUCAACCUCAAACUCAACCUACCCAAUAAAAUCAAUAACCUUAAAAUAAUUAUCCAUUGAAUAAUAAUAAUAAUAAUAAUAAUAAUAAUAAUAAUAAUAAUAAUAAUAAAACAACUGCAACUGCUCAACCAGCUGCUUAAUAAUAAGGACCUCCUCCUGCUCAAUAACAAUAAUAAACCUAAGCUUAAUAGCAACAACCAGAAAAAAAAAGUUUGUUUGGGUUUAUGAAGAAAUGAUUUAUAUUAAUCAUUUGAAAUUAUCAAAAUAUAUUAUGGACUGGGGAAAUAUUGUUUAUUAUUAUA